AUGCCUCUAUUCGAAGAGCCCUCUCAUUUCGAAUUCUCAGCUAACAAACCACAAAGCUUAGAAGGCAGACUCCUAUUUGCUGUCCCCAAGAAGGGAAGAUUACUCCAAGCAGCACUCAAUCUCCUCGAAGGCGCAGACAUCCAAUUCCGUCGCGAAUCCCGUCUCGACAUCGCGCUCGUCAAGAACCUCCCCAUAGCCCUCGUCUUCCUCCCCGCAGCCGACAUCCCCACCUUCGUCGGCGAAGGACGUGUCUCCUUGGGUAUAACCGGUCGCGACACAGUAGCUGAACAUGAGGCAGCUGUAACGUCAGCCAGGCGAGAACGAGCCGAGUCAAGUCAGUCUACACCAAUCGAAACAGAUACGCAAUUAGGAUGCGAGGAGGUUAUGGAUUUGAGCUUUGGGGCGUGUAAACUAGAAGUCCAAGUUCCGGUUAAAGGGCAGUAUGUCACGCCUUCAGAUCUGAUUGGGAAGAAUGUUGGCACCAGCUUUGUGCACUUGGCGGAGGAGUAUUUUGCGGGGUUAGAGAAGGAGGCCGAUGCCGCAAACGGGGAGGGGAAGAGGAAACUGAGGACUAAUAUCAUUGAGCUAAGUGGGAGUGUGGAGGCUGCUUGCGCUUUGGGGGUUGCGGAUGGGAUUGUCGAUCUAGUUGAAUCCGGAGAGACGAUGAAAGCUGCUGGUUUGAAAGCCAUUGACACGGUCGUAUCAAGUGUAGCCGUUCUCAUCAAGUCGAAACACCCCUCAAAUCCAGCACUAGUCGAUCUCCUUGCCUCAAGAAUACGAGGAGUCAUCACCGCCCAACAAUACGUCCUCUGUCAAUACAACGUCAAACGAACCGACCUCGUCCAAGCCGCCAAAAUCACGCCCGGCAAACGCGCCCCGACCAUCAACGCCCUAGAAGAAGAAGGCUGGAUGGCGGUAAGCAGUAUGGUGGAGAAGAAGAAGAUCGCUACGGUCAUGGAUGAAUUGACUGCAAUGGGUGCAACAGAUAUCUUGGUGCUGAAUAUUGCAAAUACGAGAACUGAUUAA